UCCUUCUUUCACGCAACCCAUCCACCACAACCUACGAAGUAUGGAGAGCCCUCACGAACAUCAGCAAGCCCAGCUCCUCUCGCGCAUCAUAACGAAUGUCGAGAAACUUAACGAGGCGGUCAUGACGCUGAGCCAUGUUCUCAACGAAAUCAACACAAAGAACAUGAACACCGAGAUCGUUGCGCAGAUGUGGAGCAACUAUCAGUCGAACGUUCAGUUCCACCUCGAAGCGACGGAGAAUCUCCAGGAUGCUGUAUAGAACGAACGUACAACGGAUUAGAAUAGCGAGCUUCAUCGUGCUAGCCAUGGCGGUGAUGAUGAAGGUAGAACGAUAGAGCUAGCGAGAAGAUUUUGAGUUCUGUUUGUUAGGUUUGAUGAAAUGGCGUUUUGAGUCUUGCUCUGUAGUACCAAGUUUGUCGUGAUGCGCGUUUGCGCGCUAGCGUGACACACGCGUGAGAGUUGUGAGAGUUGUGAGCGCAAAUGGCCACUGCGAGGC